AUGGACCAAAGCUAUAUGCAAAUGUUUGUGGAGGAGACGUCGUUUAGCAACCGGAUGGUGCUUGGGGCAGUAUUGCCGAUGAGUGUUUGGGAGCCGCUACCACAUUUUCUGCAGAGUUGGCUUCGGAAUUUCACUGCCGGAACCAUAAUUUAUUUUGUCACUAGUUCCCUUUGGUGUUUCUAUAUUUAUUACUACAAGUUCAACGUGUAUGUUCAUAAAGAUGCAAUUCCUUCAAGAAAAGCAAUAUGCAUGCAAAUAUAUGUUUCAAUGAAAGGCAUGCCGUGGUUUUCAGCUCUUCCUACGAUCUCGGAGUACCUGGUCGAGAACGGAUGGUCAAGGUGUUUUCCAAGGAUAAGCGACGUUGGGUGGGUUUCAUACACUAGGAAUGUCGGACUUUAUUGGUUAUUAGUAGAGUUCGGUGUCUACUGGGUGCAUAGAAUGUGCCAUGACAUUAGGCCUCUUUACAAAUACCUUCAUGCAACUCAUCACGUUUAUAAUAAGCAAAAUACGGUUUCCCCUUUUGCUGGUAUGGCGCUCCACCCUCUCGAUGGAAUACUGCAUUCGUUGCCGCAUGUGGUCGUUCUCUAUAUCGUGCCAACACAUUUUACAACACACAUAGCACUAAUGUUCUUGGAUGCCCUAUGGACUAUAAACAUUCACGACAACGUAAAUGGGAAACUUUGGCCUUUAAUGGGUGCGGGGUACCACAUUAUACAUCACACAACGUACCGUCACAACUAUGGUCGUUAUACAAUUUGGAUGGAUCGGAUAUUUGGAACUCUUUGUGAUCCUAAGAAGGAGGACGAAGGCAAAAGGUCGUAA